AUGCGUAAGCAGGGUCACUGGUGCUGCAAUUCCCAUACAGCUCUGACACUGCAUUGGGGCACUGGAUCCUGCACCAGGAUGGGGAACCUUGGGAAUGGGUGGAUGUCUCACAGGCUCCUACUGUGCUGUGCCUUCUGGGGACUCCGUGUGGCCUCUCAGGACUAUGAUGAUUACUCUCAGAACAGCACCAAUGACCAGGACAAGACGCUAGAGACCACCCCGUGUCCCCGAGCCAUCCCUGGGGACAAGGCUACCGUGAACAACAUCACAUACCUGCUGAUCCCCGAGGCCACACGCUCCCAGUUGGGCAGUGCCCUCACUGUGCGCCUCAUCCCUGCCCUCUACACCCUCGUGUUCCUGGUGGGGCUACCCUCCAACGGGCUAGCCCUGUGCGUCCUGGCCACCAGGGCAGAGAGGCUCACCUCCACCGUGUUCCUGAUGAACCUGGCUGCUGCAGACCUGCUGCUCGUGUUGGUGCUGCCCUUCAAGAUUUCCUACUAUUUCCUGGGGAAUGACUGGCCCUUCGGGGAAGGGCUGUGCCGGCUCACCACGGCUCUGUUCUACGGGAACAUGUACUGCUCGGUGCUGCUGCUCACCUGCAUCAGCGUGGACCGCUACCUGGCUGUGGUCCAUCCCUUCUCUUCCCGUGCCUUCCGCACCCCUGCCUUCGCCGCCUGGACCUGUGUCACUGUCUGGUUCUGCUCGGCUGUGCUCACCCUGCCCCUGGCCCUGCAGCAGCAGUCCUACCCCCUGCUCGGGGCAGACCUCACCCUCUGCCACGACGUACUGCCCAGGCAUGAGGAUGACGGGUAUUAUUUCUACUACUUCGUGUGCCUGAUCGCCUGCGCCUUCCUGCUGCCGCUGCUAGUGGUGCUGUUCAGCUACUGCUCCGUGCUGCGCGUCCUCCUGCACGGGGGGAAGCGCUACUCCUACCCCAUGAAGCUCACGGCGCUCGUGGUGUUCACCCUCGUGGCCUUCUACACUCCCAGCAACGUUCUGCUCUUGGGUCACUACUCCAGCUACUGCUCCAGGCUGUACGGGAAGCUCUACAUCAGCUACAUGGUGAGCCUGGCCAUCAGCACGUGCAAUAGCUGUGCUGACCCCUUUGUCUACUACUAUGUGUCAGAAGACUUCAGGGAUAAGGUCAGGAAAAGGUUCUUCAGGAGCAGCAAGCAAAACAGCACUUUCCUGAAGACCUCCAAGUUCUCCAAGGAAACACUCCCCCGUUCCAAACGCUCCCUGGUGUAA